AUGGAAGAUCAACAAGAGAUAGGUGGUGCACAGGCAUUGCUUCAGUUAGGUUCAAAAACUAGAAGUGAUGAUGAGCACGAAGGCAAAAAUGGAGAAGGCGAUCAAUCGCUAAAUAUUUCGAAUAAUGAAAUCAAAUUCAAAGAUAUGGAUGAAGGGGACGGUGUCAACGGUGAGGAAGGUAACGCCGAUGGCGUUGAAUCGGAUCCAGAGUUAGUUGAUGUGAAAACGACAAACCAACAAAUCAAUGACGCAGUUGAGGCGGCGGUGAUGAGAUAUGUUGGUGGGACAUUAGAUGGUACGGGCGAGAAUGGUCCCAAUAACGGGUCGAGGAAAAACAAGCGGAAAUUGAAUCAUGAUGAUAUUAUGUCGAAUAUCAAUGAGUUUAACCAAUGGACCGGAUUUUUGGACGAUGAUAUUACGGAUAAUCAGGCAGAAGAAUUCAAUUCAUUUGCGCAGCAUCAACCUCAACCCCACGCACAACAAUCUACGUCAAACAAGAAUCUCAGGAAAAAGAAGAAGAAGAAUAACCAAGAAGCGCAAACACACAAUGAGAUAGACCCAGAAUUAACGGGAUUAGACUCCUCGGCAGAACACGAUCAAUUGGUUCAGGCUGCGAUCAUAGACGCUAGAGAAUUGGCGAAACAACUUGGAAAUGGUUCUCUACAUGACAAUGAUACAUCAGCUGUUCAUAAUAGCUUAAAUAAUCUUCCUCCUCAUCAGGCUCAACAAGUUAUUGCUGCAGCUACUGCAGCUGUACAGCAAGGUCAGCCUAACCCCGAGUCGAUUGCCGCAAUCAAUCAACUAGCUCAGGCUGCGUCAUCUUUAUCAGGGGAUUUGAAUAGGAACAAUAAAAACAUUCCAAAACAAAGAAAGCUCUCAAAGAUUGAAGAUGGCAUUAUUAAUUAUCAAGCAAUAAAGCCUACGUCUAACUAUCGCAAACCAAAAUUCAAUCAUUUAACGUCCAUUGAUUCUUUGGUUGAAGAGGCGUCUGCUCAAGCAUGUAACUGGUAUAAUAAUCUACCACAAACCAAUAGUAGCGGACCUCGGAUUUUUUCUCCUGAGGAAAUUUCGGCUGUUGAUCAUUUUAUUACAGGAUAUUGCCAUUUACACAAAUUGAGCCGCCAGGACAUUUGUAAUAGAAUUUGGUCAAACGAGAGGAAGAAGGAUAAUUUCUGGGAAUCUUUAACUCGUGUAUUACCUUACAGAUCUCGUGCGUCUGUUUAUAAGCAUGUUAGAAGACAGUAUCACGUUUUCGAUGUUAGAGCAAAAUGGACUAAAGAGGAUGAUGAACUAUUAAGAAAGUUAGCAUCAACUAAGGAAGGUAACUGGAAAGAAAUUGGUGAUAAUAUGGGUCGUAUGCCGGAAGAUUGUAGAGAUAGAUGGAGAAACUAUGUGAAGUGUGGGGAGAACAGAGUGUUAAAUAAGUGGUCCGAAGAAGAAGAGAGGAAGUUGAGAGACAUUGUGACCGAUAUGGUUGCUCAUAUCGGGGAUGAUAAUAAACUGAAGGCACCAACUAUUAAUUGGACAAUCGUUAGUGAAAGAAUGAAUGGUGUUCGGUCACGUAUUCAAUGCCGUUAUAAGUGGAACAAGCUUGUGAAGAGAGCAUCUGCCGCAAGAGCGUCUUAUAUGAAUCAAAAUACAAGAUUAUGGCUUUUCCAAAGGUUACAGAGACUAAGUUUCCCAACAUUAGAGAGUGUUGACUGGGAUUACAUUAUUCAUUUGUACAAUGAAGAGCGGAAAAAUUCGGCAAAUCUAGAGAAUAAGAAAAAUGAACCAGAUGAGAAUUGGGUUGCCGCUGAUUUCAAAGUUGGGUUUGAAAAAAUGAAAUCUGAAAUAAAAGAUCACAGAAAGAUGUCUUUAGGAGAAGUUUUAGAAAGACUUAUUGAAGAUUUCUAUAUCAGACAAGGCCAAGCUCCACCACGUACUCAAAACCAAGAGCAUCACCAACCACCACAACACCAACAUCAUGUUCAAUUACCGUUACAUGACUCCUCUGAUACUGUGCACUAUAACUCUACUGCACGUCAAGUACCAAAUCUGGGUCACGUUCAUGAUGAAGAAGAUGAUGCAACCUCUAUAGCCAAUGCAGCCGUAGCAGCCGUAUCAGCUAGUGUAAACGGAGACGAUACGCAGCAACAAGAAUAUAGUUUAUGGAGAUAA